GUGUAUUUUAGUGUUAACAAUGAGAGAUGAGAUGGAUGUGACGUGCUGUAAAUCAGUAGGAACUGAUCUGUCCAUGCGGGAUAUUGAUGAUUUCAUCACAGAAAUCUCUCAGUUGAAGAAAGAGGUGGCGUUACUGGAGGCAAAGCUGAGGUCAAGAGGAGAUGAAGUAGUGAAGAGAGAGGUUUGUUGUGAAUCUUCAGUGUGUGUGACUGAUGGGAGUCUGGAUUCAGUGUGGAUGAGCAGCAGAGAUCAGAGCCGCACACCACAGCCAGUGCUGGACAAACACACACAGGACUCAGAGCUCAGUCUUACUUUACUCUGUUAUACUGAGUCAAAGCCCACAGACGCUCAGGAGGACAAUGCAGUGUGUGACAGUAAUCAGAGCUCACAGGAGGAUCAAACCUCCACAGAGUCUCUGGAUUCUGUCUGUAACGCUGGAGAACAGCAGCAGAUCCUGAAGAUGUGUUCAGUCAAACUCAUCGACUGCAGGACCCUGAUGAUGAAAAUAAAAACUGAACCCACAGCUGAAGAACAUUGCACAGAGGAAGAUGAUGAACCCACAGCUGAAGAAUAUCAUGCUGAGGAAGAUGAGGAACCCACAGCUGAAGAAUAUCACACUGAGGAAGAUGAGGAAGCCACAGCUGAAGAAUAUCACUCUGAGGAAGAUGAGGAACCCAUAGCUGAAGAACACGACACUGAGGAAGAUGAGGAUUACGAUGAUGAUGAUGAUGAUGAUUUUAUUCCUUCAGAUGUGAAGAGUUAUUCGUAUGGAGAAAGUACAUCCUCAACAUCAUCAAAAAAGCGACCGACAACACAAACUCUUUCCUGCAUCAUCUGUGGAAAGACAUUUAGCUCACAGGGACAUUUAGAGAGACAUAAGAGAAAACACACAGAACAGAAACUCUUCACCUGCAAGAGAUGUAAGAUCACCUUUACUACCUUACAAGAUAAGAAACUUCAUUUAGAAGAAAAGCACAAAGAGAAGACGAAGAAGAAGCACUUUCACUGUGAGAAGUGUGGAAAAAAUCUUUUUGCAACAACCUCUAAUAUAAAUGUUCAUGUGAAGACACACAGUGAUGAAAAGCUUUUCCACUGCAGUGAAUGUAACAAAUAUUUCAGCACCAAAGGAAAUCUCAUUGCUCAUAAGAGAACUCACACCGGAGAAAAACCAUACAAGUGUCCUCACUGUGAGAAGAGAUUUAGUAAUCCAUCCUAUAUUAAGAGACAUGUGCGUUUACACACAAAUGAGAGACCGUAUCAGUGCAGUGAAUGUGGAAAAACCUUUAGUGUUUUAGGCUCUUUAAAAUCACACCAAAGAACCCACAGUGAGGAGAAACCCUAUCAGUGUUCAUACUGUGAUAAACGUGUCCGCUUUAAAUCCCAUCUGAUAUGCCACGAGAGGAUUCACACUGGAGAGAAACCUUACCUCUGCUCUCACUGUGGAAAGAGCUUCUCUAAUCCAACUGCUUUUGGCUUUCAUCAGAGAGUUCACACUGGAGAAAAACCUCAUCCCUGUGAUGUUUGUGGAAAGAGAUUCAGUCAAUCUAAACAUUUAGUGAGACACCAGAGAAUUCAUACCCGUGAGAGGCUUUACAAAUGCUCUCAGUGUGCCGAGACGUUUGCUCGAUCAGAUGUUUUGAAAACCCAUCAGAGAGUUCAUACUGGAGAGAAACCUUACCACUGCUCCAUCUGUGGAGAGAGAUUCGCUUAUUUAGGAAGUUUUCAGAGUCAUCAGAAGAAACAUGCUGAAGAACAAACUACUGUACAAUGAAAUCAUCAUAGCGCUGGUUUUUAUCAUUUUUGGUGCUUUUCCAUUAGGGUUGCACGAAAUAAGAUCAGAGCAGUCGUCAUGUAAAGGGGGAUUGGGUUGCAAUGACAAUUCUUUAUUGGUUCACAUUGCAAGCUUCAUCUGCACUUUAAAAACACAGUUUAAAGGUCCCGUUCUCAAAACGAUCUCUAUUCGAUAGCAGGACUGAAAAGGUUCUUCUCUAUGUAAGGUGAAGUUUUAAAUUAGCUUUCCUUUAUGGGGUGUCGGUUAGAACACACUGAAUUCCAUUAGUUUCAUGCAAUAGGGUUUAAUUUGUCAUUCUUUAGUAUUUCACAACACAGCAGUGCACAGAGUUACAGGUCACAAGAGUGUAUAGGAGUUUAAUGUGUGUUUAUGUGUGGUCUACAAAGGAAAGAAAUAAAGAUAUAUAUUAACAAAUGUUUCUUAAAUAUUAUAGCACAGACAUUACUUCACAACAGUUGUAAAUCUCUCAAUAAAACCUCUAAAUGAGAAUAAUUUACAGAAAUGAACUUACAGGCGUUAUAACUAUUACUCAAUACUACCACCUGUUGGUCAGAAACGGCAAAACACUGAAACCGAAACUUAUUUCUGAGGUAAAUUAAACGAACUGAAUAUAAACCAGAUAUAUUGCUUA